UACCAAAAAUUGUUUAUCAACAUCGUUUCACAUAAUCAAAUUAUCGGAAAUAGUCUUUAAUACAAAAGACCUAAUCUAUUCUCUCUUUCGCGAGCCUGAUCUGGUCAGUAAUUUAGUUAAUCAAUGAAGGCUAAUCAAAGGCCGACACCGGAGCUUACCUGAAGGAGUUCACACCGAGGUUCUCUCCGCCCGACGUUACACACGAAUACACUCUUCGAUGUGAAAGACGGCGGAGCAGUCUCGCCUGUUAGAGGAAUUCUGAAAAUAUCUCCAGGAAGAAUGGCUGGGCUGGAGCUAAUCUUGUGUCUGCUGGUGGUCAGCAUCUUGUGGGGAGUGACUAACCCACUGCUGAAGCGGGCAAGUGUUGGUAUUGAGGAUAUACAAAUGUCAAAUCCUCUUUUGCAGACCUUGUAUGAAGUGAAGUUCCUUGCCAGUCGGUUUAGUUAUGUGUUUCCAUUCCUGCUGAACCAACUAGGCAGUGUGCUCUUUGUGUAUCUGCUUGGUGCAGCAGACCUGUCUCUUGCAGUCCCUAUAAGUAACAGUCUUACUUUCCUUGUUACUACUGUAGCAGGCCACUGUCUAGGGGAGGAGACGACAAGUAGAAUGACUUGGGUUGGAGCAGGUUUAGUGUGUGCUGGUGUUACAUUGUGUGUAGCAGAUAAAGCUCAGUAGUAGAAUGGUUGUGAUUCUUGUGUACAUAUUGUCAAAAGUGAAGUUUAAAGUAUAGAAAUGUUUGGCAGAUAUGAAUGUAGGUUGUAAUAGAUUUAGAUAUAAAAAAAAGUAGAAAGAUGGUGCUGGUGUAAAAAUAUGAGUAGGGACUGGCUAGUACAAGAAAAGAAAUUAGUGAACUAAUUACUGUUCAAGGGACUGAAAUUUUGUUUAAGAAUUUUUGAAACUGAUAAUUUUAUUAACAUUUUGUUGAUUUAUUUGAAAUGCAAUAAUUUCAGGGAAAAAGACAUUUGUAUUUAAUUAGAUAUUUUUAUGUAAAGGAAAGAAAGUUACUUUCAGUCCCAAAUGUGUGAAAAACAAUAUAUUCAUUAUUUGUUAUUACUUUGUUGAUGAAUCAUGUAAUAUGUUGCAUUUAGUGUUUGGUGAAUAGUUGAUGUUUGUGAUAUGGAUUAUCUGUGAACUCCUCCUGUUUGGUGUUUCAAUAUGUGUAAUAUUAUUUGGUAUAACAUGUUACACAUUGUGUUUGUAUCUUGUUAAGCAUAAUAAGUAAUAAGUGUUUUGCUCUAAGCACACCAUUUGAUUCUCAUGAUGUUAUUUAUUAUUUAAGCCUUUGUACAUUGCUAUAUUUUGUUAUAAUACUCAAUGAAGUUAUAUUGUUGAUCCAACAGAAUAUAUUUCACAGUAAAGUGGAUAAAUAAGGGUGGUUUUGUCAACAUGAUUGUUGUUAAAUAAAUGGUAUCAGAUGAAA